AUGGAUAAAGUUGAUUUAUUUAAUUUUUAGGAAUCUCUAUACUCACUUGAAGAAUAAUUGAAAAAUUAAAAUGAUAAAAAAAAGAAAAUUAAAGUUGAAAUUUUUAUAUGUGAAGGUGUUUAUAAAUAAUUAAGAGGCUAUUAAAAGUUAAAGCAAUAAAAUAUUCAAAAUUAUUUCAUCAUUCCAAUUUCAUUGAAAUAAGCCAAUCUAAAUAGAUUAACUGAAUUAAAUUAAUAAUCAAUUUGA